AUGUCGCUUCCCUGGGAACUCCACAAGGAGACCAUAGAAGACCUUUACCUAUCAAAAAACCAACCUCUGAAGCAAGUUAUGGACUUCAUGGACACGAUCAACUUCAAAGCAACAAAGGGUCAAUACGAGCGCCAGUUCAAAAAAUGGCAACUCAAGAAAUACAGCAAGUCGGAUCAAUGGAAAGCAAUUGGGCACAAGCUGCAAAAGCGGAAAAGAGAAGGCAAAGAAAGUGAGGUGUAUCUGGAUGGUGAACUUGUACCUCCGCAGAAGGUCAUGAAAGCAGUCGCUCGACCCAGCAAUCAUGUCUCUUUCAUCGAGAAGUUUCAAACAGAAGAAUAUGACAUCGGCCCUGCAUUGACGCCAAGGGAAACUUGUACAACGGUGUCGAUGCCAAGCUCCAUCCACCUCCUCAAAAUGGCUAUUUACGUCCUAUCCAACAAACUUCACACUGACGAUUACAAAAGAAGAGAUCUGUACGAACAACUAGCAGUCAAAUGGUGCUGCAUCCCGGAGAAUCUCAAACAUUUCGAAAGACUUCUUAGAUCCAAAGAGCCUACCAUAUGCGCCUUGGCUGAAGCAGUUUGGGAACCUGCUUUGAACGCUGCCGACGAGAAUCUGAUUCGAGGAAUUAUUUCCGAGAUGAGCUUUGAUAUCGGCCAUCUCAUCUUACCUCAUCACGUCGAGCGCGUCGUGUCGAUGCGCAAUCUUGACCUCACCAAAUUACUCAUCAGGUAUGCUUCGAAUAAUAUCGAACAGCGUUCCAAGAUGCUGGCAUCAGCUCUCCAGGAGGGAGUAAGUACCGGACAGGUCGACUUGGUGAAACUACUACUUGAAGAACACAAAUUACUCAUCAGGUAUGCUUUGAACCGUUUCGAACAGUGUUCCGAAAUGCUGGCACCAGCUCUCCUGGAGGGAAUACGUGCCAGACAGGUCGAAUCAGUAAAACUGUUAGUUGAAGAAAACGUCGAUCUCAACUGGAGAUCGGACAUCAGUUACGACCAGCAAACUCCUUUGGAAGUUGCGGUGAUAUAUGAGAACGUAGAACUUGUCCAGAUUCUUCUCAGCGCAGGCUCAGAUGUCAAUUCUGUCUACGAACCGGAGGACCGGGAAUGUGCUUUUCCUAGUGCUCUUGAAAUUGCCAUUCAGAAUGAAAAUACAGUUCUUAUCGAACUUCUCAGAGAGGCUGGAGCAUGCCUCAACUUUGAAGGCUUUGACGGUCGUCCCCGCGGAGUUCUUUCCAUGGCAGCUGAUACAGGAAAUAGAAGUCUUGUCGAAGAGUUCCUCGAAGCUGGUGCUGACAUCGACUCAGUUGACCGCCGUGGAGAGACUGCCCUCACGAAGUACGUUCGCAAGGAGGACUUGAACAUGGUGAUAUAUCUUCUCAGUCUUGGUGCCAAAGCCAGUCCACCUACAUUUUUAAAAGAAGAAGAAGAAGACGAUGACGAUAGCUACCUCCGCCCCAAAGCAUCACUGGAAGCGGCAAUCGACACCAAGAAUGAUGUUAUUAUUCGAGUACUGCUCGGCUCUGGGGCAUCUUGUGACGAUCCUAACCUUUUUCGAUCCGCUGUCGCAACGGGUAAAAUUUGGCUUGUUCAGUUACUUCUGGACAAAGUCUUGGACGCGAGCGUACUUAAGGAAUGCGAAGAAAAUGCUCUUCAGACUUCAAUCGAAUGCGAAAAUCUCGAAGUGUUUCGUCUCAUCUUAGGAAGAGACACAGAACUCCCUGGAAGCUGCCUCAGCGAGGCAGUCGAAUUUUAUGAUGCUCAUGUCGGCUACGAAAUGGUCGAAAGCCUUCUGAAAAAGGGCAUGGAUGUAAAUCUUGCUGACGGAAAUUUCGAGUGGACACCUUUGAUCCGCGCGAUAGACAACGAGAGCCUGGAUAUCGUUGAGCUGCUCUUGAACAACAACGCGGACAUCAACAAGUCCCUUAGACGUGGUAGUCCAUUGAAAGUAGCAGUUUUCAGGAGGAACACCUCAUUGGCCGCCCGUCUUCUCGAGCUCGGCGCCACGCCGUUUGAUACUAAAGCUCUUUCUGCUGCUGUAUUAAACAAGGACACGGAUACCUUGGACAUUCUUCUUCAAGCAAUCUCAACAAGGAAUGAUGUCAGUGACAAGGAAGAUCUUUACGGUCUACCCCUCCGAGCAGCUAUCAACACUUUCAAUACCGACUUGAUUGACUUCUUCCUGAAGGCUGGAGGUGCUCUUAAUCGCCGAGAGAUUUACAGCGGUCUCGAUCGGCACUUCCAUUACGAACUCUGUGCGACACCACUGGAGUUUGCCGUUAGAGGGGGAAAUACAGCUGUCAUACGUAUGCUCCUGGAACGCGGCGCCAAUCCAAACAUCCCCUUCGAUACUGGCUAUGGGGUCACAGCAUUAGUACGAUCAAUUCUCCAAGAAAAUCUAGAGGCUACUAAAUUGCUUUUACACUACCGAGCCGACGUGAACGCUUGGCCUUGCCCCUAUCAUUACGAGGAGUGGUCAAAUAGAUCAGGAAAUCUCACCGCUCUCCAAACCGCUGCAAAGAUUGGCAGCCCUGAGAUGGUUCAGACCCUCCUCGACGCUGGAGCCGACGUUCAUGGGCCUUUAGGUAUCCGAGGACUUACCGCACUGCAUCUCGCGGCCAGUGAAGGGCAUCUUAGAGUUGCAAAAAUGCUCAUUCGGGCUGGAGCAGCAACUGAUGUCGAUGCUGUAUCCUCUGGUCUUGGCUGGAGAGACACCCGGACAGCUGGCUUCUUUACCAAGACAUACAGAUUCCGUGAAACGAGGACUGCCUUGGAACUGGCUGCGGAGCAUGGCAGAAUCGACAUGGUUCAGCUGUUGCUUAACGCCGGGGCUGAUCUGGAACUUCCACGACAACCGAACAAGGAACAUGAACGUCUAGGGGGGAAUUCUAACCCAGAGCAGGAUGAUUCGGCUCUGGGGUCUUGUUGGAGUGUGUUUUCGAAGCCAUGCGAAAAUCCAGACUGUAGCGACUAUGAUGACAGUGUUAAGGAUAGCUUGCCUGGUGAUAGGCAAUACGAGAUCGCAACGGGAUUAGCAAAGAGGAAUAGAUUCAUGGCUGUCGCGAGGCUCAUCACCACAUAUCGAGAGCACAAGAUCAUCAACGGGUAG